CGGCGCCGCGGGUGGCGGCUCGCCGGGGAGCCCCGCACGGCGGCCCGCAGCCGAGGGGGCGGCCGCCGAGAGAUGGCGGAUUCCUAUGCCUGCAAAGGUGGAAGGAAAACUGCGGGCUCCACCAGACCCGCUGCCAGCAAAGAAAGCCGGACGGACGCCAGGAUAAACCCCCCGGCAGAGCUCCCCAAGCUCGGGAAUGCGACCAGUGACAAAGCCGAGGGCAAGAAGAAAGGACGACCCAAGGCGGAGAACCAGGCGCUGAAGGACAUCCCGCUCCCCCUGAUGAACCAGUGGAAGGACGAAUUCAAAGCCCACUCCAGGGUGAAAUGCCCCAACUCCGGCUGCUGGCUGGAGUUCCCCAGCAUUUAUGGCUUGAAGUACCACUAUCAGCGCUGCCAAGGGGGUGCGAUCUCGGAGAAGCUGACGUACUCGUGCUCGUACUGCGAAGCUGCCUUCACCUCCAAAACCCAGCUAGAAAAGCAUCGUCUCUGGAACCACCUGGACCGGCCGGUGCCAACCAGCAAAGCAGAAAACAAAGUGCAGAAGGCCAUUGGGAAGAGCAGCGGCAAGAAAAGAGCUGCUGAGAGUUCAGCUUGCCCCACCAUCCAUCCCAAACAGGCAAAGACGGAAAAAGCCGUGGCCCAGGACCAUGCCGAGAACGGCGAGUGCCUGGCGGAGAGCCGCGAGAGCAAGGAGUUUCAGAUCGCGGCGGCUGAGGCCAUCGCGGCUGCGACCCCCACGGCCAAGUCCUCGAGCGGCAAGGACGCCGGGCAGCAGGGGGGCAGCCAGGCCUCGCUGCAGGAGGAAGACCCCGAGAGGAUGAAGCACAAGUCAGGAAGGAAACAGAAAACUCCUAAGAAGUUUACGGGGGAGCAGCCGUCCAUCUCGGGGACGUUUGGACUGAAAGGUCUUGUCAAGGCUGAGGACAAGGCAAAAGCCCACCGAGCCAAGAAGCUGGAGGGGAGCACCAACGUGGAGGAGCUGAAAAAGAAAACUCCAGGAGCUGGUGUGAAGAAGGAAACGGCUGCGCAUCUACCAGCAGCAAAUCCUGAGGACCAGUGGCAGCGGGAGAUCAGCGAGAAGGGAGAAGUUGCCUGUCCAACCUGCAGCGUGAUAACCAGGAAAACUGUCGUUGGGCUCAAAAAGCACAUGGACGUCUGCCAGAAACUGCAGGAUGCCCUGAAGUGUCAACACUGCAAAAAGCAGUUCAAGUCCAAAGCUGGGCUGAAUUACCACACCAUGGCUGAACACGUCAGCAAGCCUGUUCCUGUGGAAACCGCUGGACUUGGUGAACAGGAAGAGCGGGAAAGGCUGAGGAAAGUGCUAAAGCAGAUGGGAAAACUGAAAUGCCCCAAUGAGGGCUGCGCGGCCAACUUCUCCAGCUUGAUGGGCUACCAGUACCACCAGAAGCGCUGCGGCAAGCAGCUCGCCGAGGCCGACAAGCCCGUCUUCAGCUGUCCACACUGCGGGAAGAAGUACAAAUCCAAGGCUGGCCACGAUUACCAUGUGCGGUCAGAACACCCGGCCUCGGUGAGCCCCCCGGACACCUCCGCAGCCCGAGGAGCGGGGCCAUCCCUCCCUGUGGGGGACUGCAGAGCCGCAGAGCCUGUGGGCAGGACCGAGCCGGGCAGGGCCGGGCCGGGCAAGCCGCCAGAGGAGCCAGAGGUGAAGCCAGAGCCCAGCCCCGUGGAAGAUUUUGAAAGGACCCCAAGCGGCCGCAUCCGUCGCACGUCGGCCCAGGUGGCCGUCUUCCACCUGCAGGAGAUAGCCGAGGAUGAGCUCGCCAGGGACUGGACCAAGCGGAGGAUGAAGGACGACCUGGUACCUGAAACGAAGCGGCUCAAUUACACCCGGCCGGGACUUCCAAAGCUCAACCCGAGGCUGCUGGAAAACUGGAAGAACGAAGUGAAGGAGAAGGGCCACAUCAACUGCCCCAACAACUGCUGCGAAGCCAUUUACUCCAGCGUCUCGGGGUUGAAAGCUCACCUGGCCAACUGCACCAAGGGGGACCACUCGGUGGGCAAGUACCGCUGCCUCCUCUGCCAGAAGGAGUUCAGCUCCGAGAGCGGGGUCAAGUACCACAUCAUCAAGGCUCACUCGGAGAACUGGUUCCGAACCGCCGCCGAGGCCAGCCGGAAAAAGAAAAGCAGGGAGCAGCUUUCUUCCAGCAAGGAGGAGAAAAAGAAAAGCACAAACGGGAAGAAAAGGGGGAGAAAACCCAAGGAGAGGCCUCCGGAAAUAUCCCCCAAAGGCAAAGAGAGCGUGGCGGCAAAGACUAAUCACAAGAAGAGCCCCGAGCACUGGGAGGGCUCCCGCUGCAGCCCCGCCGGCGAGGAGCGCGUCCCCAAGCCCCCCAGCCACCCCCGCAAGGGGGGAGCCAGCAAGGUGCCCGAGAAGUGAGAGCUCAGAGACUCGCCUGCGAGGAUUCGUUUACAGCCCAGGGUAACAGGGGGGGGGGGGGGCGCUCCCGGUUUUCUGUCCCCCCUCCUCCUUUCCCUUCCUCUCCCCCACCCUCCGCUCACCCCCAUUUUUAAAAAAAAAAAAAAAAAAAAAAAAGGAAAAAAAAAAAAAGACGGAAAAUACCAAUUAACCACUUCAAGCAAAUCAUGGACCUCGUUUCACACUGGAAAACAAACAGGACCGAGCAAGCUGGACCGUUCUCCCCCCCCCCCCCCCCGGGGGGGGGGCCCCCCCC